AUGGAGAUCGGUCUGUGGAAGGGACGUCAGAACCUCGGGAUUAUGACGCUGCAGAGGGCUCUUACAGAUGUCCUGAGGCCGGGAACGACCCUGAGCUGGCGUGUCGGUGAUGAGGCCCUUCGACAGCUGGGCCUCGAGGGCCGCUCGACAGAUGCCAGUGGUGCAGAGGUUGAGACCUCAACUUGCGCCAGCGACAAGGGGGUAAACAACUGUAUCCUGCACUAUGACAUUAUCAAGAUCGAAGAAUCGAGCGACAGGCUGGAUGUGAGCAGCGCCAUCAUACGGGAUGUCCGAGAGAAGGGGAUGUAUCGACUAUUCUCCAGGAGCAAUGGCGAACUCCCUGGGGGACCAGGACCUUAUUCUCUUCCAAUGGCGUAUAAAAUAUUGGAGGACCCUGACAUGGCCGCGCGGUAUCCCGUUCAGUUCCACAUCACCUCCCCGAAGAACCGAAUGGGCCCUCACGGCGUCGAAUGGGCCCUCCACAACCGCGCCGACCUGCGUCCGGAGGUACCUAAUCUUGCGGGCGAUGCCACCUGGGAGGACAGAACGGACGACUUCUUCAAAAUCACGGCGAGGAAGCACAGACCCCGGGUGCCUCCAGCGCCGAAAGACAAGGCACAGCCAGACCCUCCGGGUCCUGGCAAGGUGAACCGGACGCAGGCGGCGCAAGCAGCGACAGGAACCCAGGCCCGGCUCAGCAGAGAGUCGCAGAUAAAAUUCGAAGACGCGCUAGGGAAGGCGCUACGAAAGACAACGGCCCACAUACAUAGGAACCAUCAGAAACUUUUGAAAACAACUGUCAGGCGACGAUUGAAGAAGCUCAACGGCGGUCCGACUACUCCACUCCCAGCAGAAGUAUCCCAAAUGAAGGAGAAGGAGGAGGCUGCAAUCGAGCAGGUGUUACUCAAGGUCCGGGCGAACUUCGAGCGCCGCCAUGGGAUCAAAAUCGAGCCGACAGGUGUGCCCGAGGAUGACUCCUUGGAGGGGUCUAGAGGUGGGACAUCGUCACGAAAACGAAUACCCAACAGACCGUUGAAACAGUAG